AAAGCUUUCGAUUCGCUCUCCCAUAAAAUUAUCUGUGAAAAACUGAAAUCACUUAAAAUUAACCCUUAUGUUGCAAACUGGAUCAUUAGUUUCUUGGCUAAUAGGAAACAAAAAGUAGUUGUUGAUGGCAUAGAGACGAUGUACGUUGAUAUUAACAAAGGCGUACCGCAGGGUACG